UUUUUUAUAAACACACACACAUUUACAUGGAUAUUAUGCCCGGUCGUUGCAUCCAAGACACCUACAAGUGCCUGAUUCUGGGCGACUCCGGCGUGGGCAAGUCCACGUUUCUGCGCCGGCAUGCAACGGGUCAGUUCGAGGAGCAGCAUGUGCCCACAUACGGACUGAAUGUGCACACGCUGCCGCUGGAGACGAACUACAAGAGCGUCGCCCUGGAGAUGUGGGACGUGGCUGGCGAUCCGCGGCAUGGCGGCCUGCACAAUGGCUACUUCUUCUAUGCCCGCUGCGCCAUCAUCAUGUUCGACCUGAGCUCGGCCAGCUCGGCGGCCAGUGUGGGGCGCUGGCAGCGCCAGCUGGCGGACAUUUGCGGCAAGCAGCUGCCGGUGGUGGUGUGCGGCAACAAGGCGGAGCUUAAGCGGAUGUGUCCGGCGCUGCUGUUUCGCCAGCAGCCGAACGUCGACUACUGCGAGCUGUCCUCACGCGCUGCCUGGAACAUGGAGGCGCCCCUGGAGCUGCUCUGCCGCCGGCUGCUGCGGCUCAGGGACUUGAAGCUGAUCUCGCAGCCCGUGCUCAAGCCGGCCAAGAACUGUGAGUUCAAUGUGGCCACAAUGCGAAAGCACAUGGACGAAGUGAAGAAGAAGAUGCUGCCAGCCAGGCGCGAAGAAGACGAUAUCAACGAAAUAAUUGCCGAACGCAAUAUCAAGCAAUAUAUAGUUUUAAAUUAGUGCUAGAUUUUUAGUGUAUAUCGAGUUAUU